UAUAAGAAAAGAAAAAUAUUCAUAUCAUCUAAUACAAAAUGAGCUUUCCCAUAAUCAAAACAGCAUUGUUCUUACUCAUUUUGGCUUCAAUAUUAGCAACAAAUCCCUCUUCAGCCUCUCAAGAUUUACCCAAACCAUUAUCUAGUGCCUUCAAGACAGAAUUUCAUUUGCAUAUUGUCAACGGAUUGAGCAAAAACAAGAUAUUACUUGUACAUUGCAAGUCUAAAGAUGAUGAUCUUGGUAUCCAUAAUAUUACAGUUGGGUCUGAAUUUUCUUGGAAGUUUACUAUAAAUUUCUUCUGGACAACACUUUAUUGGUGUUAUUUGGCCCCAGAUGAUCACUCUCAUGUUAGUCUCAAAGUAUUUUAUAACAAUGGUCGUCUUUUGCGUAGAUGUAAAACUGUUAAAAAUCGUCUUUGGGGUUACGUUGCUGAUUGCAUUUGGAUUGCUAAAGAUAAUGGGGUUUAUAUGAAGAAUAUUGAUGCAAACACUGAUGAUUUUGUUUCUGCUUGGGAACGAGGAAGGCUAAUUAAUUGAUUAAGAAUUGCAAAACGAAUAGUCGU